AUGGGUGGCUGUAAAUCAAAGGCUAAUAAACACAUUGAAAAUAAAGAAAUUCCACAGGCCCCGGAAUUAAAGGUUGAAAAACGGCCUCUGGUAGAGCUUCAGGAUAAGAUAACAUACGAGGGUGAGUGGUUAGGAGACAAUAAACAUGGGUAUGGAAUUCAAAAAUGGCCAGAUGGUGCUGUUUUUGAAGGGAAUUUUGUAAAUGGUACAGCAAAUGGAUACGGAAUAUUCAUUCAUACUGAUGGCGAUAAAUAUGAAGGCGAAUGGCAAAAUGAUAGAGCACAUGGCCAUGGCACAUAUACGCACUCUGAUGGAAGUAAAUACGUAGGUGAGUGGAAGAAUGACAAGAAGCACGGUAAGGCUAUUGAAAGCUGGGUUGAUGGUAGCCACUUUGAGGGAAGUUAUGCAUAUGGUCUUAAACAAGGUUUUGGAAAGUUUUCAUGGCAUGACGGCUCAAAGUAUAUUGGUAAUUUUGACGCAAACCAAAUAAAUGGUUAUGGAAUUUAUUACUGGAAUGAUGGAAGAGUAUAUACGGGCUAUUGGCUAAAGAAUCAUAUGUUUGGCUAUGGAAAAUUUGAUUGGACUGAUCAUAGAUGUUAUGAAGGACAAUACAUUAACGAUAAAAAAGAUGGUGAUGGGAAGUUUACAUGGCCUGACGGUCGAGCAUACAUUGGCCAGUGGAAGAACGGAAAACAACACGGAAUUGGCAUAUUUUAUAAUAUUAAAAAGGAAGGUAAGGUUGGAGAGUGGAGAGAUGGAAGUAGACUGAGGUGGAUCAAAUCUUCUCUUGAGAAUGGUGAGUUGGUAGGUGAGGGUUUGAGUUUAAGAGAAGAGUACUCUAAACAAAGAGAGGAAUUUUUGAAAACAAGUGAUUUGUACGAAAAUUAUAGAAAGCUUCCAAAGAAUGAUAUGGAACUUCAGCAAAUGAGGAUAUUACAAAAGUUCGAUGAACAUCUACUCACUUUAAGUGACUCAGAAAAAAACUUGGAAUCAAACAAAAAAAUGACCUUUGAUGUUUUGGGUUUGGAUAUUACUAAUAAUCCUGCUACACACUCGAAUAAUAAUGCGGAUUUAGUCCUUGGUGGCGCAGAUCAGGUGGACAAAGCUCUUAGUGAGCAUGGGCCAGCGGACUUGGAUAAUUUGCAGACAGAAGAAACGAAGAAUGAAGAAAACCUAGAUAGUUCAGUGAAUAUUGCCGACUAUACCGUUGAAUCAUGCUUAGUGGACGAAAACCGUACUCAGGAAGAGAAGCUUGUUAAUGCCCCACACUCAGAAGAGAAACUCCAAGCCGACACGGAAAUGGUAGACCAAGCCCAGGAAGAUGGUAGCGGAGGCCCUGAAUUUAUUGGCGGGAAUUAUGCUUCGAAUGCAUUAGAUAACUGUGAAAACAGAAUAGUAUUGGAAAAUUCCGGAGCCGAAAGUUCCAAUUCAAAGUUGGAUAGUUUAGAAGUUAAAUCUUGCAAUGAUACAGACGUCCAGAAAUUGGAACCAGAGACAAAAGAAGCUUUGGUAGAAAAUAUAGAUUCUGAAUUGAAGGCAAAUUCGUUGAAUGAUAAGGACUUUGAAGAUAUAGUUGAAAAAAAGGGGUUAGAAAAUUCAAAAUAG